AUGGCGAAGACGUACGAUUACCUGUUUAAACUGUUGCUUAUUGGCGACAGCGGGGUGGGGAAGACGUGUCUUCUGUUUCGAUUCAGCGAAGACUCUUUCAAUACCACCUUCAUAUCCACCAUCGGCAUCGACUUCAAAAUCAGAACAAUAGAGUUGGACGGAAAGAGAGUCAAACUUCAAAUUUGGGACACUGCAGGCCAGGAGCGCUUUCGCACCAUCACGACAGCUUACUACAGAGGAGCCAUGGGAAUCAUGCUGGUCUACGACAUCUCCAAUGAGAAGUCAUUUGAAAACAUUAAAAACUGGAUCAGGAAUAUUGAAGAGCACGCUUCAUCGGACGUUGAGAAGAUGGUCCUGGGUAACAAAUGUGACAUGACGGACAGGCGGCAAGUGUCCAAAGAUCGAGGUGAAAAACUGGCUAUCGAUUAUGGUGUCAAGUUCAUGGAAACCAGUGCAAAGACGAGUCUUAAUGUAGAAGAGGCAUUCUAUACCAUGGGAAGAGACAUCCUGCACAAUCUAAGUUCAAAAACGGUAAGUACUGACAACAGCACUGUCGCCUCUGGGAAAGCAGUCAAGAUCACAGAGAAGAAGUCCAAGCGGAUCAAAUUCCUCAAGUGUUCUCUCAUCUAG